CAGUUAUGUUAACCCAAAAUUAUUGGUCAGCUAUGGUAGUCAUGUGUGAGGACCAGGAAGUGUCCUACAACGGAGUCCAAAUCUUGAAGAUCGAUGGUGGUAAAUAGCUACUACCAAGGGAGCUCCACCAGUGUAGGAGAUGCAAGCAGUGUUCAGACUGGCAGUAUUGGCAGUCCCUAUGGGUGUGCUGCUGUCAAGAACCAUGGCAUGGAUGUCCACUGGAAAGACACACCCAGAACUUAUCAACCGCCUGAGAGAACAUGGGGUUAUCCGCAGUGAUCGGGUGUUUGACGCCAUGCUUGCCACCGACCGAGGGAUCUACUCCAGAGACUACCCGUAUGCUGACUCUCCUCAGUCCAUAGGAUUCAAGGCAACAAUCAGUGCUCCACACAUGCAUGCACAUGCCCUAGAGGUGCUAAGUGACAAGCUAAUGGAUGGGGCAUCUGCAUUGGAUGUGGGAUCAGGAAGUGGCUAUCUCACAGCGUGCUUUGCGAGGAUGGUAGGGCCGACAGGGAAAGUAGUAGGGAUUGAACACAUAGAUGAGCUGGUCCAAACCUCUGUGAGGAACGUCCAGGCUGACGACCCCGAGCUGCUCUCUUCAGGGCGUAUCAGACUUGUCGUCGGAGAUGGACGGUUAGGCUACCCUGAUGGAGCCCCAUAUGAUGCCAUUCACGUAGGGGCAGCCGCGCCUACGCUCCCUACAGCUCUCCUGGAUCAGUUGAAGCCUGGUGGAAGGCUGGUCUUGCCUGUUGGUCCUGAUGGGGGAAGCCAGGUCCUAGAACAGUACGAUCGCCAGAGUGACGGCACCUUCAUCAGGAAAGCCCUAAUGGGUGUGAUCUAUGUUCCUUUGACUGACAAGCGACGCCAAUGGCCUGGAGGUGAGCUCUGACUGCCAUAUGGUGUGGUUGCCCCUGCAGGAGAUGGCGCUGGUGCUGCAGCUCUUGUGUUCCCUAGAUCGCCAUAUGUCUGCAGCCUAGCAACACGUCCUAUGUGCUUAUUGACUAAAACUGGACCGCAGAUGACAGUUGUCCCAGGGGGUUGAAGAGGGUUGCCAAGGGCUUUUGGAUUAAUGAGUCUGUCUGUGGUUACAGUCGUUCAUUUAAGUGUACCCGUUUUGUACAUGGAGGAGUUGCAUUCAGAACAUCAACACAAUGUUUAUGUUCCUCACAGAUGUCUGGCUGAAAGGUUGGCUUAUUUAUUAUAAGGUUACAUAAAAUAUACAUAUGAUGUAAUUUUACAAAGAUGCAACACUCAUACAAAUUAAGUGAUUGGGCUUCAUCAACCAACAUGAAGAUUAGAUGUCUUGAUAAAAGUGAACAAAUUAAUGUCUGACGUGAAUCCAAGUAAACAUAGUGACCUAAAUGACCACAAUUACUCUGUCUUAGCAACAGAAAAACAACCCGUUUUACAUAGCGAUGAGAAUACAUGUACUUUAUUUUGAAAAAAUUAUUGAAAUGAUUAUACAGAAAUGCCAUACCCUAUUAAUAAAAACAUUGUAUUGAAAA